UAUGAGGAAGUGAGCGUGCAAACAAAAGGCAGGAAUGUUUUUGUCUUUCAUUAUUCACAUAUAGUGUUUUCAAACGGCACUGCUUGAACUACACAUGAGACAGUGAAGAUGUGGACAUCAAAGAGUCUCAGACCUGAACAUGGACUCGUCCUGGUGGUCUUUGCUUUUUCAUCUAUCCUAUCUGAAGAGCUUUAUGUAUUCCAGGACAUUGAUGAAUGCGAGUAUGGCUCAGAAGAUUUGUCUGACAUGGUCUACAGAGUGAAGCUGGUCUUCAAUCAGAGGCUUUUAUGCACUUAUGACUCAAGACUGGGGAAGUAUGUUGGUUAUGAUGAGUAUGGGAUCAUAAAUGCUGAGCAUUACAACAAUCAGAGCUGGAAGAUGAGAGAGCGGAAAGCCGAACUGGAUUCACUGUGCAGAGCUCAUGCCAGAUACUACAUCAACAGCACAAGAAGAAAGGUGCCACCCGAUGUUACCGUACGGUCCAAUGAGAAGGCUCGCUACGGUCAGCUGACCACACUGGAGUGCCAUGUGUACAAUUUCUAUCCCCGGGCCAUUAAUGUCACUUGGCUAAUAGACGGAUCAAAGGUCAAUGAAGAUGUGACCUCUACAGAGUUCAUGGAUAAUGGGGAUUGGAGUUACCAAAUCCAUUCGUACCUGGAGUUGGUGGUUCAAAGAGGAGUAAGAGUGAGCUGUCAGGUGGAACACAGCAGUAUGAAGGAACCUCUCAUUGUGAAUUGGGACUCCACGCCUCUAGACAGCAGAAUCAUGAAGUUAACUGUGGGCUGCACUUUGUUCAUUGUUGGUCUUAUUGUGACUUUCUCUUCUGUAUAUUACUACUACAAAAGAAAACACAGAGGUUUUACAUCCCUUCCUCUCCAUGGACACUCGCGGUACUGCACAUCCCUGCACUGCACUGUCAUGGCGGCGCCCAUUCGUCUCAUAUCGAGGUUGACAUUAGUGACCGGAGGGGGCAGUGGCAUCGGCAGGGCAGUGUGUCAGAGAUUUGCCACCGAAGGAGCGUCUGUAGUUGUGGCUGACCGCAAUGAGGAAUCAGCCAAUCAGACCCUUCAACUCCUGUCACGUGACCACAAAGGACAGGAGCACAUGGCUCUAGGGGUGGACGUGUCAUUGAAGGACAGUGUGGAGAAUUUAGUGUCAAGUAUUCAGCUGCGUUAUUUUCAGCCACCUUCGGUGUGUGUGAACGCUGCUGGUAUCACUCAAGAUGAGUUUCUUCUCAAGAUGGAGGAACAAGAUUUCGACAGAGUCAUUGGUGUUAACUUGAAGGGAACCUUUCUGGUAACUCAGGCGGUCUCUAAAGCUCUGGUGUCUGCAGGUGCUCAGAAGGGCUCCAUCAUUACUGUGGGCAGUAUAGUUGGCAAGGUUGGGAAUAUUGGACAGGUAAACUAUUCAGCGUCUAAAGCAGGUGUGGAGGGUCUCACGAGGACAGCAGCCAAAGAGCUGAGCAAAUUUGGCAUUCGCUGCAAUUGUGUCCUACCCGGGUUCAUCACUACACCCAUGACAGAUAAAGUACCAGAAAAAGUCAUCAGUAAGCUCACAUCCAUUAUUCCAAUGGGAAGGAUGGGAGAGCCUGCAGAAGUAGCUGAUGCAUGUGCAUUUCUGGCCUCUGAUGACAGUCGCUAUAUAACUGGAAUCAGCAUUGAAGUUGCCGGUGGACUUUUCAUUGGCUGAAAACACUCCUCUGUCUUCUGAUAAACACCACUAAAACACAGUGCCUUUGUACUUGUAUGAUAAUUGUCUUUGUAAAAUUUGUAUAAUUGAAUUACUGUAGAAAUAUAUUGUAUAAAAUGUAACAAAUGAAAAACUGAUAUAUUUAUACAAUUGAA